AUGCGUCUCUUUCUCCCCUUCCUCCUCGCAUUUCUACUCUUUUUAACGCGAGCCGCUCAAAUUGGAAACCCGGAAACGGUUUUUCGUGAACAAUUGGCCUACCUUCAACAAACCAUCAAUUCGGGCAACCUCAGAGCACUUCCGAAGAUUAUCAAUUUGGGCAACAGUAGGGUCUAGUGCUUUUGUGGCUUUUCUGAUCGAAAAAUUCUAGAACAAAGCGGCGGAAUGAUCGUCGCCGUGUACCGAAACGUUCAAAUGAACGUGUUGUCGGCGCAAAGUGUCGGACGUCGUCGCGCUGUUCGAAUCGAGGGCCUCGUUCAGUUGACUCUUCGCGGCGAGCCGGGAACUCUCGUCAAAAUUGGCAUGCACAAGGUUGAAAUCGCGUACGUUGCACACGACAUUUUACGACAUUUGCAGAGCAACCCAGCCGUCUCGCUUCACGGAUGGAUCUUCGAUCAAAUCGUGCUCGUUCCCAAUUGA